AUGGAUUAUCUCAAUCCUACAACGGGAAGAACAACAAUGGGGAGAAGAGCUCGUGCCCUCUCCAUUAAUAGCAUCACUGAACACCAACAAAAUGCAAUGAACACAUCCCUAGACAACUUACAAAACGAUCUAUCCCUAAUCAAUUCUCAAUGGAAUCGAACACUCACAGAGAAGACAAACCCCUUAGAACUAGCAUUGGCCUUCCUUGAUGACACUUCUGUCGGAUUGGGACACAGAUAUCAGGAGUUCAAUCAAUUGAAGUCACAGAUAGGAGCACAUUUGCAAGAUGUAGUCAAUGAACAUUCUCAAGUGUUCAAUGCAAACGUAGCAUCGUAUGGGAAGACAGUGGCUUGCAUCACGGAGGCUCAAGAGAAUACAUCUCAUUUAAAAAGAAAUUUGAACCUGGUUAAUGAGAAUAUUACCAUGCAGAAGGGGUCCUUGAUGGAAUUGAAUGAAUCAAAUAUGAAAUUCUCGAGGACGAUUUCUGUCUUGUCCUCUGUGGAGGAACUGUUACAAUUACCCGAGAAAGUGGAGGAUCAUAUUAGAAAUGAAGAAUACAAGGACGUUCAAAAAUCUUUGGAGAGAGGGUUCCAAUUGUUGAAUAAUGAAGAAUUGAAAAAUUUGAAACCAUUAAAACCUAUAAGACAACAAUUGGAAUUACAAGAACAUGUCCUGUUUAACAAUUUAAUUGAAGAACUUCAUAACAUUAUUUAUUCCAAGAAAAAUACCCCUGAUAUGGAUAAUGAUUUGUUAAAGACAAUAAGCAUCACACAGAAUGGUUUCACCAGCUUGGAAAAUUACUUGUACAAUAUUGCAAAUAUUGAUAUUAUGAAACAUUCUCAUGAUAUAAAUUCCAAAUUGGAUAUAUUUGUGCAAAAUAUUGGUAACCCAACCACUGCUUCAAUAAGAACCAUGUUACCAGCAAAUUUGGAGGAAUCCGAAUACUAUAGAAUAUUCCACUUACUUUCCUUAUUGCACGACAUCAACAGAUUACCCACCGCAUUAUCUAUUCUUAUUAAUAGAUCAAAAGAGGAAAUUCAUAACAUAAUAUUGAAAAGUACAGAGAAAGUACGUAAAAAGAAUCCAACACUAAUAAAAAUGACAAUGGACAUUCCAAUUGACAAUAAUUUAGGUCUUACAGUGAGAGAUUUAUCAUCGAUGAUUAUGAGAGAGUGCUUCUGGGAAAUAUUUAUUAAAUUAUUAUUUGCCAUGCAAGCUCAUCGUGCUAUUUUUGAGUCAUUAAAAGUAAUACAAACAAGUUCAGUGGGAUCAUCCUCAUCUCCUUCUACAAACGCGGCUUAUAGAAUAGAUAAAGUUUGGAAUAAGCUACUGGAUGAAAUUUUGAGGUUAUUAUCAAGAUAUUUAAAUAACCCAGCCCUUUCAGUCACCAAUAACAAUAUUCCCACUAAUAAUAAGAGAAACAGAAGUGGUAGUAGAUCAGCUGCUCCAGCACUUCCCAAGAGAGAAAAUCCUCAAAUUUUUAACUUACAAGACAAUAUUGAUGACGGUUCAGCAGCAAGGAAUCAUGCAGGUGAAUUAAAGGCAUUACUAAAAGAUAUAUUUCCGGGAUUUGCCGUUUCGUCCAAUAUGGAUCUAGAAUCUAUAUACAUUAAAGAUGAAUCCUUUGAACAAGAAGAAUCACUGCUUCCUCCAUCAGUAUUUAAUAUGAAGGUUAUCCUUGAACCGUUCUUAUUAUUCUCGGAAGCUUCUUCAAAAUUAUUACCAGAAGCAUUAUCCAAAAAUACAACAUUAUCAAUGAAAUUUUUUACCGAUUAUAUGGAUAAACAAUUUUAUCCAAAGGUUAAAUUAUCCUUUGAUGCAUUAUUUGUCACUAAAGUAGAGUCUAACAACCCUUACGCACUGGAAAAUAUUGAGGAAAACCGUAACAUCUUUAAAGCUGCAAUGGAUUUCCAAAAUUUAUUAUACAGUACGUUAGCUGUGACAAAUACUACAAAUGCAUUUAGAAAGAAGCUAAUCAAUGUGAUUUUGAAUUUAUUGGAAAAAUUUUAUCAAUAUUAUUUAAAUAUUUUCAAAGAUUUACUAGGUCCUGCUGAUGCAAAAUUGAACAAACGAUUCUUCCAAACUUGGCUGAAUAAUGAUAUAUUGAUGAAUUAUGAAGACGGUAUAUUGCAUGGUGAUGAGACCAAAUUUUCUGAUGAAACCAAAGAAAUAUUUAAAUAUUGCAAACAAUUUUUUAAAAAAGGUAAUUCACUGACAAAAAAUAGUAUGUUUAACACAAUUACAGUCGACAUCGCCAUUCAUUUAACGAGUACCAUAUAUUGGAUCAAUAGCUGGUUACCGCAACUAAAAAAAAUUGUUAAUCCUGAUAAUACCACAGGGACUGAAUUAGAAGUCGAUACGCUACGAAACGAUUGGACAUUUUUUGAAGCUACAGGUGUCAGUAAAUUCGAAAAAGUUGGAAGUUUGAACAUACUUUUAGAUAAAGAAUCAGGUGCUAGAUUUGACGACAUUGCCUUGGGAUUUUCUUCUUUACAAUUUAAAUUGUUAUCUGUGCUAAGAUUCGACACUCGUGGGAGAACUAUAUAUCGUAUCGGAAGAUUAUUUCAAAAUGUGAAAAUAUGGAAUCUCGAUGUUGGUAGUACGGAAUUGGAUCAAAAUGUUGCUUCAUUAAUAUCUGAAUUGAGAAUGAUAGAGAACAAACUGAAUCAACAACUGCCUGGAACUGGUAAAGAUAAAGUCAUUGCUGGUAUUGACGUAACAGCCAACUCUGCCUUCAUAGCAGGCGCACAGUCUAUUUCUGUGAUGAAUAGCAACGGUGUUAAGAAAAUGGUAAGGAAUAUUAACGUUCUACAGCAUACUUUGAGAAAUCUCUACAGCGAUCCAUCAAAAAUUAACAUGCUAGAAGCUACUGAAUUUUAUGGUUUGUGUGAUUCUAAUGAAAAUGAACUCUUUCAACGUAUUGAAGAUGGACAGCUGGAAUACUGUAGCAUAGAUGAUCUGAAGACUAUUUUAAGGCUACAAUUUAGCGAGGAACUGGAUAAACAGGCUAAAAGAGCCAGCAUGACGUCUACAAGAACGGCUUCUAGACCGAUGAACGCCAGAUACGAUGAUGCUAUGAAAAAAUUGGGUGACAUGAAGAAGCUUGAUCGUUCAAACUCAACAAAGAAAAAAUGA